CAGAUGGCAAUAUUUCUUUAUGGAUGUCUUGAAGUCUUGGAUUAAAUUUCCCCAAAUCAUCACGAACACGAGCAAAAGCCUUGAGAUUUUCGCUUCCCCAGGCUCCAUUUUCGUUGACGAAAAGUGGUAUAGGGAUAGAGAAUUGUGUAUAACCGUAUACAUAUAGAUCGUAAAGAAUUUUACGGACUUCAACAGCUGGAAUUCACGAAAGAGGAGAUUUGAUUGAGAGUGGGGAUAAUCUUCCAUUGAUUGAAAAUGGCGUCAUGGAUGAGAUUUUCUUUGUUGUUGAUGCUUAUUAUGAUGCCGCUUUCUUCGUUCGCCUCCUCAUCCCAGACGUGUCCUCAAAUCAAGCCGUUUCUUCAUGAUCUACAGCUUCAAUGCCCUACAACGAUUAUGUAUUCUUCGCCUAUCAAGAUGAAUGGAGAGUCUCUUGACAAGGUUUUAAGCUCAAGUCAUAUGAAUGCACAUGUAGCCAUAUUGUUCUAUGCUUCUUCAUGUCCAUUUUCCACCAAUUUCCUACCCAAAUUCGAUGCCCUUACCUCAAUGUUUCCACAAAUUAAUCAUGUAAUGAUUGAGCAAUCUUCAGUUCCACCAAUUGUUUUCUCAAGAUUUGGUAUUCAUGGUGUUCCUUCAAUUCUAAUCAUCAACAAAACCACUAGAAUCCGACAUCAUGGUUCAAAAGAACUACAAUCACUUGUCCACUUCUAUGAAAAAGCCACAGGACUUGAGCCAUUAAUUGACUUAACACAAGAUGAAAUCGGAUUCCCAGAAAGCAAAUCAAAAGCUCUUGAAUCAUGCACAAAAUCAGAACCCUAUCUAUUAUUUUCUUUGUUCUUCAUCUUCUUGAAAACACUUCUUUACCUUUAUCCAAAUAUGGUAUCCAAUUUUAUUGCACUCUGGUUUACAUAUAUCCCGCAUUUAAACCUUGCAAUUUUCGGAGAAUCAAGACAGAUUCUCGCACGUGUUCUUCAUUUGGUUGAUCUCAAAAGGGCGUUUUCGUCAUUUGGCAAGUUGAAGCUCAUAAAAAGUGUCGUUCUUGUUGGGCAAGAUUUUUUCUUAGGGAGGAAGGCUGUAGGCUUUUGUCACAAACAUGUGUAACAUGAGCAUCAAAUUGAUCGAUCUUUUUUUUUUUGGUUAUGGUGUUGUUUACUUGAAUUAAAAUCUUGUGUCAUUUUGGAAUUGUGGGGUAGGGUUUAAGGUAGAGGUGUUUGUAAAUUGGAGAACC